ACCCCGGCGCCUCUUAGGAACUGCGUGCCCCGCCUGCGUGGGUUCUCAGCGCUCCGGGCAGUGCCAUGGCGGCCGCGAGCCCUAGCGUCUUUCUGCUCAUGGUCAAUGGGCAGGUGGAGAGCGCCCAGUUCCCCGAGUACGACGACCUCUACUGCAAGUACUGCUUCGUGUACGGCCAGGACUGGGCCCCCACUGCGGGCCUGGAGGAGGGCAUCUCCCAGAUCACGUCCAAGAGCCAGGACGUGCGGCAAGCGCUGGUGUGGAACUUCCCCAUCGACGUCACCUUCAAGAGCACCAACCCCUAUGGCUGGCCACAGAUUGUGCUCAGCGUGUACGGACCGGACGUGUUCGGGAACGACGUGGUCCGAGGCUACGGGGCGGUGCACCUGCCCUUCUCACCUGGCCGGCACAAAAGGACCAUCCCCAUGUUUGUCCCAGAAUCUACGUCUAAACUGCAAAAAUUUACCAGCUGGUUUAUGGGACGGCGGCCCGAGUACACUGACCCCAAGGUGGUGGCCCAGGGCGAAGGCCGGGAAGUGACCCGCGUGCGCUCUCAGGGCUUUGUCACCCUCCUCUUCAACGUGGUGACCAAGGACAUGAGGAAGCUUGGCUACGACCCCGGGCCUGCGGACACACAGGGCGUCUCGGGCCCCUGCCUGCCCUAGGCACCUUGGGAAGGCUCUGGGCCGCCUUUGCCCACCCUGGGCCGGGCCAGGCAGACCGGACAGCACUCAGAACGUGGAGGGUCUUCCAGGGGCGCCCGACCUGGCAGGCAGGGCACCCGCGCCUGGGGGCUGGAGGUGUACAGAAAAGCUUUAUAUAAUAAAGAGUCCCGUUCUCACAA